AACCGGGGCGGGACCGGGAACUGGCGACGUUGGAGCUGCCGCCGCUCGCCCAUCCACCCGCCGACCCACCCACCCGGGACCGAGACUGCAGAGAUGGGGGCCCAACUGAGCACGCUGGGCAGCAUAGUGGUGUAUCCCGUCUGGGUCCUCUACAACCUGAUCAUGAGGCUGUUCCGGUCCCCGGCGCCCGCCAUCACAUUGGAGAACCCAGACGUGAAGUACCCCCUACGGCUGAUCGACAAGGAGAACAUCAGCCAUGACACCAGGAAGUUUCGUUUUGCCCUUCCAUCGCGGGAGCACGUCCUGGGUCUCCCUGUAGGUCAGCACAUCUACCUGUCUGCUCGCAUCGACGGAAACCUGGUCAUCCGCCCCUACACCCCCGUCUCCAGCGACGACGACAAAGGAUUCGUGGAUCUGGUUGUCAAGAUCUACUUCAAAGAUGUCCACCCGAAGUACCCUGCCGGGGGAAAGAUGUCUCAGUACCUGGAGAGCCUGCAGCUUGGGGACACUGUCGACUUCCGGGGCCCGAGCGGACUGCUGGUCUAUCAGGGCAAAGGCAAGUUUGCCAUUCGUCCAGACAAGAAAUCUGAGCCGGUUAUCAAAACCACAAAGUCCUUGGGCAUGAUUGCAGGGGGUACUGGAAUCACCCCAAUGCUGCAGCUGAUUCGUGCAAUAAUGAAGGACCCCGGGGACCCCACCGUGUGCCACUUGCUGUUUGCCAACCAGACAGAAAAUGACAUCCUUUUGCGGGCAGAGCUGGAGGAGGUGAGGAACGAGCAUUCGGACCGCUUCAAACUGUGGUUCACCCUGGACAAGGCCCCUGAGGGCUGGGACUACAGCCAGGGCUUUGUAAAUGAGGACAUGAUCCGCGCUCACCUGCCGCCGCCGGCAGAAGACCCCCUGAUCCUGAUGUGCGGCCCCCCUCCCAUGAUCCAGUUUGCCUGCAUCCCCAACCUGGACCGCGUGGGCUACCCUGCUGACCGGCGCUUCGCCUUCUAGGGUUCUGGGGGCCAGAGGGACAGGGGCAGCCCUGUCCGGAGCCAAGGACAGGGCCGCGGGGGGUGUCUGUACUUGCCUCUGUCUGUCUGUCUUUCUGUCUGUCUGUCUGCCUGCCACGGCCUGCCUCUGUCUCCCACCCUCCCGCCACAGUGCCUGGCACAACUGGCCACCCCCUGCCCCCAUGUCCCGGCAGGGCUUGUGGCUGCAGCCCGCUGGACUCGGGGGUCCCUGCUCGCUUCUCCUUUUCACAACGAAGUUCGAGGAACCGUUCCAGGCGUGUGUGUGGGUGCUCAGAAGCGCUUGCUCGGCGAGGCUGGCGGCAUCUAAGGAUGAAGGAGGAGGCGGGGAUGCUAGGAGGGAGAGGGCGGCCGCCUCCAGCUCCGGCCUAGCCCAGGUGCCUCCUUGGCAGCAAGUUCUGAAUGUCCUGCAUGUCCUCCUCCUUCCCCGUGCCCUUGGUCUCACUGGGUCUUGGGCCCUGAUGCAAGGAGAGGAGGGGACAGAACUGAGCGGAGACGGGGGGGAGGUACGGCGCAUGGGGGGCACCAGGAGCAGUGGGAGGAAGUGGGGAUAGGGGGGAGAGAUGCAUGACCAGGCGAGUGAUCCAGAGGGUGGGGGAUGGGGCAGGGAAACUGGCCGUGGCAUCACCCACAUGUGAGAGUCGCAGAUCUCAGCCGAGAUGGCGCCAGCGGCCCCAGAGCACACUCACUUUGUCCAACCCUGGCUGCCCCUGACAACUUGGGUCACGCUCAAAGUGCCUGAAGGCUGUUUGGCCUCUGCCAUAACAGAGGCUGAGGCCGGGCCAUCCUGAGAGACGGGAACUCCUGUGCCCUUUGGGCUGAGGGGGGGGCGGAGCCGGCAUGCUCCCAUGCCCGGUCCUGGUGGGGUCAGCGUGGCAGGUUCCCACCGUGAGAUACCGAGGGGCUGGCGGAGAGAUGUCUUCUUCCCAGUGCGCGGGUCUGAGUGUGCAGGAAAUAAAGUUUGCUAUUUUGCCACUUCCAA